AUGAAUAAAAGGACUAUUGCCUCUAUAGUUUUCAUGGUAGAUUGCACCAGAACGUAUCGACUGUCCGUUACCCCGUUAUACAUUAUUCUUUCCGAGAACAGGUGGAUACAAAGACAUAUCAUUUGGCGCUGCAUAGAAUGUUCUAGAUUUACAGGGGAACUUGUUUAGGCUACAAUAUAUCGGUAGUCUACGUGUCGCGUCGGGGGGACUGCGGUACAUCUGAAGACGGACUAGCAAAGACUGUCAAGCAAGGAAGAUUGCCAACCAGCAACAUCAUCGGGACGUAAAAUUAUGCUCUUCAUUCAGAUACAGGUUUCCCGUCUGCGGAACAUUUGGAUUGAUAGUUUGACUUACCAUUUCAACCAUUCAAAAAUGAUUAGUGAAUUACAUUAGUGCUGUUAACCCAAUGCAACACGUUGCUGGCAAGCGAGACAUCAUUGUGCCAUUAAUUGAUUACAAUAAGGCAUAUUUUCUUGGGAUGACAUCCUGGUGUGUCUCCCCUCCGUUACCUUGUUUAGACUCCAGAGUUCCUGCUUUCUGUCAGGGUCCAGCCUGCUGAUUCCUCUCUGCCGCCACGUCACGUCACGGGGGGCCGAUGCGGCGUUUCGUAUACUGUAAGGUGGUGCUCACCACCUCGCUUGUCUGGGUGCUGGUGGAUGUCUUCCUGCUGCUCUACUUCAGUGAAUGUAAUAAAUGUGACGACAGGAAGGACCACUCGCUGCUGCCUGCUCUCAGAGCGGUCAUGUCGCGAGCCCACGAGGGCCCGGGGGAGAUGGGGAAAGCGGUGGUUAUCGCAAAGGACGAGCAGGAGAAAAUGAAGGAGCUCUUUAAGAUUAACCAGUUCAAUCUGAUGGCCAGCGACAUGAUUGCUCUCAACAGGAGUCUGCCGGACGUGAGACUGGACGGUUGCAAGACGAAGGUGUACGCGGACGACCUCCCCGACACCAGCAUAGUGAUCGUGUUCCACAACGAGGCGUGGAGCACCCUGCUCCGCACUGUCCACAGUGUCAUCAACCGCUCGCCACGGCACCUGCUGCAGGAGAUCCUGCUGGUGGACGACGCCAGUGAGAGAGACUUCUUGGGAAAGAAGCUGGAGAACUAUGCUCGUACCCUGGAGGUUCCCGUGCGGGUCCUGCGGAUGGAGCAGCGAACGGGGCUGAUCCGGGCCAGGCUAAGAGGGGCAGCUGCCACACGGGGACAGGUCAUCACCUUCCUGGACGCCCACUGUGAAUGCACAGUGGGCUGGCUGGAGCCUCUGCUGGCCAGGAUCAAAGAGGACCGGAGAUCUGUGGUAUGUCCUAUAAUCGAUGUGAUCAGCGACGAGACGUUUGAGUACAUGGCAGGCUCAGACAUGACCUACGGAGGAUUCAACUGGAAGCUGAAUUUCCGUUGGUACCCCGUGCCUCAGAGAGAAAUGGACAGGCGCAAAGGGGACAGGACAUUACCACUCAGAACCCCUACUAUGGCUGGAGGGUUAUUCUCUAUUGACCGGACAUAUUUUGAUGAAAUUGGCACGUACGAUCCAGGGAUGGACAUUUGGGGCGGAGAGAACUUGGAGAUGUCUUUCAGGAUCUGGCAGUGUGGCGGCUCGCUGGAGAUUAUAACAUGUUCCCACGUGGGUCAUGUGUUCCGGAAGGCCACCCCAUACAGCUUCCCUGGGGGCACUGGCCAAGUCAUCAACAAGAACAACAGGCGAUUGGCCGAGGUGUGGAUGGACGGCUUCAAAGACUUCUUCUACAUCAUAUCACCAGGUGUGGCCCGGGUAGACUAUGGAGACGUGUCCUCUCGUAAGGCCCUGCGUGAAGCUCUGCAGUGCAAACCCUUCUCCUGGUACCUGGAGAACAUCUACCCCGACUCUCAGAUCCCCCGGAGAUACUACUCACUUGGUGAAAUCAGAAAUGUUGAAACAAACCAGUGUGUGGACAACAUGGGCAGAAAGGAGAACGAGAAGGUUGGCUUCUUCAACUGCCAUGGCAUGGGUGGGAAUCAGGUGUUCUCGUACACGGCUGAUAAGGAGAUCCGGACAGAUGACCUGUGUCUGGACGUGUCUCGCCCCCAUGGCCCUGUGGUCAUGCUGAAGUGUCAUCAAAUGAAGGGGAAUCAGAUGUUUGUGUAUGACGCAGAGCGGCUGACCCUGCUGCACGUCAACAGUAACCAGUGUCUGGACAUGCCUACUGAGGAGGACAAGAUGGUGCCCACCCUGAGAGACUGCACAGGCAGCCGCUCCCAGCAGUGGUUCCUCCGCAACAUGACACUGACGCUCUGAUCUGACGUGGAGCAGGACCUCCACCUUCACUCACCACCACCCUGGCCAGUUUCGCCCCCACCUGAACCACCGACCCACUUCGCUCCCGCUGGCCACUACCUUUGCCUCGCUCCACCAGGUAUUUUUUUUAAAUCAUGCACAUGCUCCUGCCUCCUUCAACACUCGCAGGUGGGGAAGAAGCAGGCAGGUAAGCAGGGUUUUUUUGUGUGUUUUUUUUUCCCACGGGGCUCCGGAGGCUCGGCGAGGGCGUUAUCUGCGAUUCCGAUCCCCUCAUUCAAUCAAUAUUACACACAGUGGCUGGCAAGAGGCUGGCGUGCACACUCUCAGCCAGACAAUAUCUGUAUGGUUGACUCAUAUGAACGGGUCUGAGGUGACGGUGACUCACACUUUUACAUAUGGAGGAAGCUGGAGUCAGAGUGACUAUCGCACUGACGGUACCGUAUAUGUCAGAUGGCUCUCAAACCUGGUCGUGUGUGUGCGUUCAGAGGUUCCCGACUUUUGUACAGCAGCAGCACCGAUAGCAGGACACCAUUUGUACGUCCGUGGGGUCUCGCAGACUAUGUACUCUGGCUCUGAACACAAGUGUGUGUUUAAAGUGUAGCCCUGAAAAGAGAUGAUUCGGUUCGGACAUUGUACACCCCCAAUUCACAGCUAUGUUGGAGCCACGUGUACAUCUGAGGGUGAAGGGUAAGGGUUGCUGUUGUUGAUGGGUACAUGACAAAACGCAAAACAUUAGAGGUCAUACAGAACUCGUGCAUGGAGGCAUAUAUCUGUCAAAUCUAAUUUACCAUUAUCCAAUUUGCAUUAUAAAUGUAAUUUCGGCACAGCUUUUUGCUUCAAUGCUCAAUGGCAUAAAGGUUUGCACUGUUCCUUUGUAUAUUACAGGAAAUAGAUAUGUCAUAACACUGUUUCAAAACACAACUGUAUAUCUGAGGCCAAAGUUACUUGGAUUGAUACGGUAUGCCUUAAGAGAAAUAGUCAAUUAUUGAAUGGGUCAAGGAAUGUAAGAGAAAGGAAAAAAAUCUUGACAAGCUUUGCCUCAAAGUCAACCGGACUAGUUGCCACAGAAUGCAGUUGUUUGUUGAAAUUGUUUCUACUGCACUGUAGCACGGUCCGCUCCCCAAACAUUGGAUUAUUGAAUGUAUCGUUUAUUUUGGAUACGUUUGUCUACUUGAAGGUUCCCUUAUUCUACUUUAUACAUUAUGUCCAUCACUUUCAUUACAAUAGUUGACUUAUCAUUUGCACGGUUCAUAAUAACAUAUCAUUUGCCCGGUUCAUAAUAACAUAUCAUUUGCCCGGUUCAUAAUAACAUAUCAUUUGCCCGGUUCAUAAUAACAUAUCAUUUGCCCGGUCCAUAAUAACAUAUCAUUUGCACGGUUCAUAAUAACAUAUCAUUUGCACGGUUCAUAAUAACAUAUCAUUUGUGCGGUUCAUAAUAACAUAUCAUUUGCGCGGUUCAUAAUAACAUAUCAUUUGCCCGGUUCAUAAUAACAUAUCAUUUGCCCGGUUCAUAAUAACAUAUAAUUUGCCCGGUUCAUAAUAACAUAUCAUUUGCCCGGUUCAUAAUAACAUAUCAUUUGCCCGGUUCAUAAUAACAUAUCA